AUGACUGGUUUCGAUCAUUAUAUUCCAAGAGCAACAUCUGUAGGGGGGUGCCAAGCGGUGUCGCUGCUGCUCAGCUUGAGCAUUCUGCUCGCGACGAUACAACACGGUGAUGCCGAGCGAAAGAUCGUCUGUUAUUACACGAACUGGUCGAUCUACCGGCCAGGUACGGCCAAGUUCUCACCCCAGAAUAUCAACCCCUAUCUAUGCACCCACCUGAUCUACGCGUUCGGUGGGUUCACCAAGGACAAUGCUCUGAAGCCAUUCGACAAGUACCAGGACAUUGAGAAAGGCGGAUACGCCAAGUUCACCGGAUUAAAGACCUACAACAAGAACCUGAAGACACUGUUGGCGAUCGGUGGAUGGAACGAAGGUUCCAGCCGAUUCUCGCCAAUGGUGGCCGACUCGGACCGACGGCGAGAAUUCGUCAAGAACUCCGUCAAGUUCCUCCGGAAGAACCACUUCGACGGCCUCGAUCUCGACUGGGAGUACCCGGCGUUCAGGGAUGGCGGGAAACCUCGGGACAAGGACAAUUACGCUAGCCUCGUGCAGGAACUCAGAGAAGAGUUCGAGAAGGAGUCUUCGAAGACAGGAAGGCCGAGGCUGCUGCUAUCACUGGCAAUGCCAGCUGGCAUCGAGUACAUAGACAAAGGCUACGAUGUGCCCAGGUUGAACGAGUACCUGGACUUCAUCAACCUGCUAUCCUACGACUAUCAUUCGUCUUACGAGCCGGCCGUCAACCAUCAUUCACCCCUGUACCCAUUGGAAGAGGACAACGAGUACAACUACGACAGCGAGCUGACAAUCGAUUACACGAUCAACUAUUUGAUGAAGAAAGGCGCCUCGCCGGAUAAGAUCAUUCUGGGAAUCCCUACGUAUGGUAGAUCGUACACGCUGUUCAAUCAGGAUGCAACGGAACUGGGAUCUCCAGCGGAUGGUCCUGGAAUCGAGGGUGACGCUACUCGCGAGAAGGGAUACCUUGCUUAUUAUGAGAUCUGCGAGAGCCUCUCUCAGUCAGACGACUGGGAAGUGAUACAACCGAAUCCCAAGGCGAUGGGACCGUAUGCUUACAAAGAAGACCAAUGGGUAGGCUACGACGACGAGGACAUCGUCAAGCUGAAGGCGAAAUACGCGAACGAGAAGAGCCUCGGUGGUAUUAUGUUCUGGACGAUCGACAAUGACGACUUCCGUGGCAAGUGCCACGAUAGGCCCUAUCCGUUAAUCGAGGCAGCGAAGGAAACUUUGCUAACCGAUUCUGGGAACAGUGUUCAGAAGACAAAAACGGCGGACAGUCGCAAGAAGACGAGGACACCGACAGUGCAGAGCAACGUCGUGGGCAGGAAACACGGUGCCAGAAGAAGUACCACGACAGCGGCACCAAUUACCAGGAAACGUGCGUCUUCGCCGAGGCCAAAGUUCAGGACGUUCACCAGAUCCAAGGCUAGCAGGGAAGAGGACGACGACGAUCGGGAAGUGGAACGACGCUCUUAUAGUCCAUCCUCUGAGGAGGAUGAGGAUUCCGAUGGCGGAAACACGGUGAAAAUCAUCGAGAAAAGCGAUAGGUCGAGGGAGAAGGGGAAAAGCAGGCCUAAGAACCGUUCGAGUUCGAAUAGGAAUCGCAGGAAGCAGACGCGUCGUAAAGAGAACAGGAACGAUUCUCAGGAGGAGCCUCUCAGCAACAAGCUGACUACGCCUGAGCCACCUACUACGCCUGAUCCUGGCAGCGAUUUCAAAUGCGAGGACGAGGGAUUCUUCUCGCACCCCAGGGACUGCAAGAAGUACUUCUGGUGUCUGGACAGCGGCCCCGGCGGUCUCGGCGUCGUUGCGCAUCAGUUCACUUGCCCUUCUGGACUAGUGUUCAACAAGGCAGCAGAUUCCUGCGACUAUCCUCGCAACGUGGUCUGCCCGAAGGCAAAGACGUCGCAGACAGCGUCGACUACCAGAGCGCCGAUAACGGCAGCGACUAGUCGCACGACUUACCUCUACAGCAGCACGCGCAGACCCACCACCGAGAAACCAGAGGAAGACGAAGAAGAGUACGACGAAGAAUACGAGGACGAAGAUGAGCUCGAGGAAGAGGAAGAGGUAGAAGAGAAGAAGGAACAGCGACCGAGAACCACUCCCAAGCCACUGCUCUAUAAAACGAUCACCAGGAACAGGCCCACUACGACUACAACCACCACCACCACAACUGAGCAGCCGUCGACGACGAAGAGGUCCGAGAGCCACGAAGAAACGGUGAAGCUCCUCGGCACCGACGACGAGGAAGACCCGAGAGUGAUCAAAGAGCUGAUCCAGCUGAUUAAGAAAGCAGGUGGAAUCGAGGAGCUAGAAAAGCAGUUGUUCCAUCAGGAGAAGAGUACAGACGAAUCAAGCACUAGUAAGGAACACGCUACUCCUGCUACUAUAAGUCGUACUUUGUAUGAAAGGGUGCUGAAUCGUCAGUCGGGUAAAACUACGAGUAGAACGCGUACUUCUGGGACCUCGAGCUACGCGAAUGGACCGGGUGGAGCGCAAUUUGAAGGUCUGGACGAGCUUCCGGAAGUUAAGAGCUUGAGGAGGGCGCAGAAACCUCAGUAUGUGACCAUAGAGAGGCCUAAACCUUCUAGAAAAGAGCCAGUAAUCGAAGAGGACGAGGCGGAAGAAGACGACGACGACCUCGAAGAAGAUAUCGCUGACGUAGCGUCGUCCGAGGAGCAAACCGUCAGCAAUCCAUUCCUGACCAGUUCUACUCAAAGAGCGACGCCUAACUACUUCAACAUUCGACGCAGCAGACCGUCCACCACUACAUCCAGAAACGAGAACGACGUGGAGAUCAAGGACGAGGACGAAGAAGACGAGGCACCGGUUCGUUCCAGGCGCCCUUCGACCUAUUCAAGAAGCACGGAGAGCUCCUUGGAGGACACCAAGGAAGACUCGGAGGACAGCGCGCCAACUACUAAAUCCAGGUACGUUAGCAUCCAAAGAUUCCGAAGCACAACGGCCCGUUCCACGGAGCCAGUAUCACAAACAACAUCGACAAGCCCGGAGCCAACAACAGAGCCGACCUCAAAGGCCGCAGAAGUCGAGGAGAAAGAAACCACGACCCCUGCGACCACAGCGUCCCCAAGCACCAUCAGCUCGUCAACAACAACAACCUUCACCACGCCGAACAGCAUCCAGAUCUCCGACGCGGAGAAGCCAGCCAGCAGCGCAGAGGUCACGAGUUCAACGACGGAGGCCGUGAGGCUGGUGGAGGACUCCGCGACGGAGAUCCUGUUGACAACCGCGCCGGCCAGUCAGUCGUCGACGCUGUCGGCGCCGAGCACUCGAGCCGUCAGCGCGACGGUGUCGCAGCCGAGGCCGUUCCGGCGGAACCGGCCGACGACGGAGGCCUCGACCACGCCGCUGCCGGGGUCCAAGGUGAGUAUAGCUCCGCGAAACACCGCGCGCUCCUUUCUGGCGGGACGAGGUCGGUUGCGCCCGAGGCAGGAGACUUCUCCCGGGCCAGACGGCGAGAACGCGGCCCGCGCGACCGCCGAGGGCGCGGUCGGCCCGGCUGGGCCCGGCAGGUCGCGGCAGAGAGGCACGAGCAGCGCAGCCGAGAGCGCUCCCGAGCCGCCCAGACGGAGGUUCCGCAGGCCCAUCUCGCGCGCCGUUACGGAGGGGCCGAAGGGCAACGAGCUGGAGGACAGUCCCAUCGUGAGGAUCACGCAGGGCGGGCCCAGGAGGACGUCCUCCAGGGCCAGGAGCGCCGCGAAGGACGACGAGAACGAUAAGAUCACGAACAUCAAGGUGUUCAAGAAGCCCGCCGCGAACAGGGACAUCUACGCCAGGACUAGGUACACCAGGAAGAGGAACAACGAGGAGAGCAGCAGCAAGCAGGAGGAGGUUCAGAGUUUGAAUCACUCGCCUACGACGGUGGCUAUCUCCACGACGCUGGACGGAAGCGAGAGCGACGCUUUGAAGGAAUCGACGACGGAAGAGUUUAGGAGCACGAGUGUUGAGAGCUACGAGACGACUGCUUUGGGACUAGAAGACGCCACGGACUCUUUCGUCGAGACUAACACUAUAGAGUCGGUCCCCACGGAGUCGAUCGUGGAGAACGAAGUGGUCACGGAUCAGCCUUCGACCACUGAACUCCCGCAGGCGACGACUGUCGGCAGCAACAAGAUAGAGGACUUCGAUCCUGACAUCAUCAAGAUCGUCUUCCCAGGGAACAGCACUAACUUCCUGGUUCAGGAAGUUGGUGCCGCGAACGCCACGGUGCCGAGGAGGAGGAAGGUCCUGUUGAGGAAAAGGCCGGUGACCUCGACCACUUCCGCGCAGGAGGACGAAGAGGAGCCAGCGCCUCGCAGGAGGAAGGUCAUCAAGCGACUCCGCGUGCAGAAUGCCACGGAAGUCCCUCCGACGGAGGACGAUCGCAUCAUCCUCAGGUUCGCUUCCACGACCGCUAAGGAGGAGGAAGCUCCGAGCUUGCCGACCGUUGAUGGAAUCACCGGCAUUGACGUCUCCACGGAGAGCCUAUCCGCGUCGACGACGGAGACCGCGGGGACCGUGGACUACAUCGUGAUCAACGAUUUCACUGCAGCCGGCUUCGAGACGCCGGGAAGCACGAUCGACGAGUACUUCGAGAACUCCGACGCGGCCACGAUGGCGUCGACGUUGGUCGACAACUUCACUGCGACUCAGAGCGGAGAGACCACGGACGCCUCGACGGAACCGACGACGCCGUUCCUAAUCAAGUUCGCGGACACGGAGAACACUCUGGAGGAGACCUCGACGAGUCAGUCUGAGACUGUAGCGACGUCGACGUCGGCUCCUACCAGCCGGCGACUGGAGCCGUACAACAGGACGUACUACCUGGACUCCAGGUUCGUCAGGAAGAAGUUCGUGCGCAGAAGACCGGUGGAAUCUUCGGACAACGCAGGACAGGUCGCGCCAUCGAACACUCUUGUUCGAGUGUCCUCGACGACGGAGAUAAGCAACCUCGAGGGAGCGUCGAAGCGGAGGAAGAGCCUGUUCAUCCGCCGCAGACCGGUCACGUCGACGACCAGCAGGACCACGGGCUUCGUAGAGGAGUCGAACGAGAACCUGAACCUCGAGGAGGAGGAGGCGUCGUCGGAGACCACGCCCAGGACCAGCCGGGACAGCGUGUUCGAGAUCAGCCUGCCGACGAGCAGCGACUCGAGGGAGUUCUGGAGCCAGUACACCACUCCGUCGACGGACCACCCGUCCUCGUUGGUCCCGCAAGAGGCGGGCGAGUCUCUGCCGACGGGCAGCGAGGAGGUCUACCAGUCCACGAGCAGGCCCAACCGCCGGCCGGACAGCAGGCCCAGGUACAGGGUGCCCGACUCGCUGCGGAAGGUGAGCACGGAGGGCGCGUACGCCGCGGACUCGUCGCCGGAGGAGUCCGAGGACAGCAACGAGUCGAAGCCCAGGUACCAGAGCUUCCGGCAGCCCAGGACGCGGGUCAGGUACGAGGAGGGCACGCGGGAGGAGCAGGAGGAGGCGCUGGACGCGACGCAGUCGCCUAGCUUCGACUCGUCGACGCACGUCAGGACGCGGUUCUACGCGCGGCGGCCGGCCACCAGCACCGAGUCCGCGGUCACGGAGACGCUGAUCCCCGCGAAGCGGUUCGACUACGUGGCCGACGCCCACAGGAGGCAGCAGUCGCUGCGGACCACUCCCAGGAGCGCGAACGAGGAGCCGAAGAGGAGCGAGGACUCGACGAGCCCGAGUCCCAGCGAGGACAGGGCGGACCAGAACCUGGUGGAGCUGGAGUACGCGACGACGCCCUCGUCGCAGCCGCUGGUGACCAGGCUGGUGACCUCCGUCGAGGAGUCCGCCACCACCGAGCGGCAGAAGAUCCUCAUCAAGACGAAGUACUCGUCCCUGACCUCCACCACGAGGAUACCGGUGCAGACGACGCCCUCGUCGGUGGCCGACGCGCCCAAGGACUCCUCCGAGGACGAGUCGGCGAACGAGAUCAGGCAGGGGAUGGUGGAGCGGUCCACGCUGCCGAUCGAGGGCGAGUUCCUCCAUCGCGCCGGCCGCGUCACCACCGAGUCCCACGAGUCCUCCACCAUCGAGAUCGAGUCUGUGUUCAGCAACUUGAUCGCCGGCAGGGAGGCCGGCCAGUGA